GACCACAUAAACUGAGAGCGAAUGGGUACAAAGCUGUCGUAAAAGAUAUAUUUCUUGAUGUGUGGGCUACUUGAGCUCCGGUACAACGAAACCGCCUCGAAAUAAACGCUGACAUUUCCUCCUUUUAUUGUGAUAUUUAGGUCCUAAUAUGGCGACGGUUGUAUGUUAACGCAGGGCUCAGGCUAUUCCAUGGAAGCGACUGGAACAGCUGCCUCUGUAGUAGCGUUAGAUGUGUCCUCUGAUGUUUUUUUUUUUUGUGAUUAUCAGUCAUAUUUACAGCUGAGAAACUGGAAGGCAGAAGAGUUAGCGGAGGAUAGCUCUGGAUGUCCGCCCGAGUCGCGUGUUUGGACCAAAAUAAAUCGCCUUUUAUGAUGACACUGAGGUGUAAACAACCACAGCAACCGCCCUUCACCGUUAGGCUUUGUCCAGAUUUCAAGCUGUCCUGUUGGAGGACUUUCACCUUAACCGUGCAACUCUGCUCAAAUGGAGAGGUAACAGGAAUCCCUUAAUAUGAGUGAUGACAAACCUUUCCAAUGCACUGCUCCUGGGUGUGGACAGAGAUUCACAAACGAAGACCACUUGGCCGUCCACAAACACAAACAUGAGAUGACCCUGAAGUUUGGCCCAGCAAGGAAUGACACCGUUAUCAUUGCUGACCAAACCCCAACCCCUACCCGCUUCCUGAAGAACUGCGAGGAGGUCGGGCUCUUCAACGAACUCGCAAGUCCCUUCGACCAUGACUUUAAAAAGGCGACCGAAGAUGACAUUAAAAAGUUGCCCCUGGAUUUGUCGCCUCUCGCGACACCAAUUAUACGCAACAAAAUUGAAGAACCCACGGCUAUAGAGGCGCAUCGAGAUAGCCCUCUGCCUCACCCGGAGUCCACGACAAACGAUGAUAAGGACUUAUCUUUGCAGCCAACUUCACUGCCAACUUCCACUAUAGUCCAUCCUGCAUCCCUCCAAGUUCCCAAUGUACUGCUAGCAACCACAGAGGCUAAUGUUGUAAUACAGCAAGCUCUCCCAUCGCCAACAUCUAGCUCUGUUAUUACCCAAGUUCCAUCCACUAAUAGGCCUAUAGUCCCCGUGUCUGGUACCUUCCCCGUACUCUUACAGCUGCCUAACGGCCAGACCAUGCCAGUCGCUAUUCCUGCGUCUAUUACAAGCUCAAGUGUACAUAUUCCAACAACAAUCCCUCUUGUCAGACCUGUCACCGUAGUGCCUAACGUCCCCGGGAUCCCAGGACCUCCCUCGCCACAGACGCAGCCCGCCCAAUCAGAAGCAAAGCUGAAGCUGAAAGCCACAUUAAGCCAGCAGCUUCCUCAGGUAACAAAUGGAGGUGGUGACGAAGUCCAAAGCAGCGCCGUAACCCACACCGCUGCUCCCGCGUCCCCCGCCCCCACCCCAGUCCCGACCCCGGUCCCAACACCGACCCCGACCCCGGCCCCAUCUCCAGCCCCCGCUGCAGUCCUAACUCCGGCUCCUCACCUGCCCACAACUGAGGAACCCUCCACGCAUUCCCUUCAGCAGCCGGCCACCUCCACCACAGAGACACCUGCCUCCCCAGCCCCCCCUCCGCAAAACCCUCCAAGCACAGGGGGUCGGCGGCGUAGAACCACGAGCGAAGACCCCGACGAGAAGCGGCGCAAGUUCCUUGAGCGUAACCGGGCGGCGGCUUCUCGCUGCCGACAAAAGAGGAAAGUGUGGGUCCAGUCUCUGGAGAAGAAGGCCGAGGACCUCAGCUCCAUGAACGGACAACUACAGAAUGAAGUUACCCUGCUGAGAAACGAAGUGGCUCAGCUGAAGCAGCUUCUCCUGGCUCAUAAAGAUUGCCCUGUAACCGCCAUGCAGAAGAAAUCUGGCUAUCACAUCUCGGACAAAGACGAAAGCUGCGAGGAGAUGUCCGUCCCCAGCAGCCCCCAGAACGAGGCCAUCCAGCACAGCUCGGUCAGCACCUCCAACGGGGUCAGCUCCUCCUCCACGACCUCGGCCGUCUCCGCCCCGUCCACCGCUGCCGCCUCCGCCUCCGCCUCCGCCUCCACGUCGAACCAGAGCACAGAGGAGAGCCAGCCACGGAGGGGCGGCGCCGCCCAGUCUCAGCCUUCAGGGAGCUGAUCGUCCCGAACGGCGGCCCGAGCGUCGACGCCGUUCGGCCUCUCUGACACACAGAGGAAAGGGAUUAUUCUCUCUGUUCUCGUACUGUUUUUAAUUUAUUCUCGAUUUGUCUUACGUUCGGUCCAUUUUUGUACUUCAUAGGCAACGCUUUGACAAAUGCAAUGUUUUCUCUGGAAUUGAUAAAGAACAGGCACUUUAGGUGUAAGAUGUAAAACACAUGGUUCUUAACUGUUUUUGUAAUUGUAUGUCUUAUUUAUUAAUCUUCUAUAUUUUUUUAUUUGAAAGUGAUCAGCUCACGCAGCCGAUUGAUGAAUCGUUAGCGACCUUACCAAAGUGUGUUGUGGCUCGUUUGUAGUUGGUUUUCAUGACUUUUGUAAGCACUAUCUUUAUGAUGAAGUUAAAGAACAGGCACUUUUUUUUCUUAUUCUUCUUCUUCUUCUUCUUUUUUUUCCAUUUUGCACAUAUUUGAGAGAUGACGGGUUUACUUUUUCCAGACACUAAGACAGUUUAAGUACCGGCAGCUUUUUAGAAGUAGAUUUGAAAACUGUCACAUUUCACAAAUGGCUGAAUCAGACUUUUGAGUUUGACGAGUUUUCUCUGAGUGAGAUCGGCCGUAGUCGCAUUGUGCAGUUUGAAUGUUUGAGCUUACCUCUGCUUGUAAAAAGAAAAAAAAAAAUAAUAGUCUCACGGAGGUGAGCUGCUUAGAAAUGUGUGUUGUUUCAUUGACAUUCCACCUGUAGUCUGAUUGUUCCUGAAGCAGUGAUUGUAGGAUUGCAGUACCUUUUCCAUCAUCAGUCAUGGUGACUUCAUUCAGUGCCAUUAAUGUUUUUCUAUAAGCGACUUCCGUCCAUUUUUAAUGCAGAUUAGGCUCAGUUAAUUGCUGUUCUCUCAGAUUUCAAAGGUCUCAUGAAGAUAAUCGCUCAGUAGACGAGAUCUCUUGCUUUGUAUACCGUCUUUGCUUUACAAGUGACUCUUUAUGGCUUCAGUGUCUAAGGCAGAACACUUUAGGCUGUUUCCAUGACUACAAGUCUAGAUGACAUUUUUAGAAAACAUUGUAAAUAACAUCAUAAUACAUAGUACGUGAUCUUUCUUGGUAUUAUGUACAUUGUUUUUUAUAGGAUUCGGUAGCUGAGCCCUUUUGUUCACAUGAGCUCUGUUCGCAGUUAAAAAAAAACUGACCUUAACACUCUUUCAUUAGGUCGCAGCUCUUCCUGGUUGUAAAAUUACAGUGAACAGAUGUGAACUGGAAUCACAUCAUGUACAUUAGAGUUACACCACAGCUCUGUACGAAAUCGUGAGCAUUUCAUCAUUGAAAUAAUUGUAAGAAGCGAAUCACACCAUGAAGUCAGUUUGCCUUUUUCUCUUAGUCUGUACUGGCUUACUACUGUGUAGUUUAUGAGAAGCUAACACAUGGAUUUCUUUUAAAAAAAGGAAAAAAAAAAGUUUUUAAAAGUUUUACUGUUAUGUGCUAUCUGCAUGAGAUAAUGAUUCUCUGCGAGAAUUUAACUGUUUAUUUGAUAAUGUCUCAGAUAAAUAUCAUUAAACGAGUUAUUACAACUUGAUUUGGUUGGUUGGUUGUUUUUAACUGGGCUUAAAAAACCGGGGUGUGAUACUGUGUUGAAAGUGUACUUGUAACGUGAAAGUUCUGUAAAAAAAAAAAAAAAAACACUUUGAAUGAAUAAAUUGUUGUAAUAAACCUUUUAAUAUCUCUUUAAAAA